AUGAAGGCCAUCAGACGCUCCUUGAAGGGGGAGAAAGAUCCCAAGCAUCAUCACCACCAUAUCUCCCUCACGCCCAAGUCCGCCAUUGCGAUCCUACCGCCCAAGAAGGUGAGUCGUUAUCCUGGAAAACCCCCUCUUCCCCAGCCACCACACCCUCCACUACCACCUCUGUUUGUUGCCCCUCGGGUGCGACGCUUGUCCAUCACCGCCACGAUUGGAAUUCAGCUUUCCGAUUCUCCACCCCUCUUGCCCCCCUUCUCACCCCCUCCUCCCCCUCUGGCCUCCAACUGGAUUCCCGAUCAUUAUACGUUCGUUGAGGCUGACCGCGCGCGCUUUCUUUUGUGUGUGGGCGCACAGGUGAUUAAAGCGCUUUACGACUACUCCCCGGAGCCCGGAACCACCCAGGAAUUGGCCUUCAGCAAGGGCGACUUCUUCCACGUCAUCAGCAGGGAAGACGACUCGGACUGGUACGAGGCGUGUAAUCCGCUCAUCCCUAGCGCCCGAGGGCUCGUUCCCGUCUCCUUCUUCGAGGUCAUCGGCAAAAACCAAAGGGAUAGUGGGGGGUCUGUUGAUCUGCAUAAAAAGGACCACCACGAUUCUGGCUUCUCCGACCGCAGUCCUGCCUCCGACUCCUCCACCAACACCACCCGACAAGGCGCUUUCAGAAUGUCCGCGCUCGGCAAGGGCCAAGGCGCCAUGGUGUACGGCAUCGUCCAGUAUGAUUUCCAGGCCGAGCGGCCCGAUGAGUUGGAUGCGCGAGCCGGCGAGGCCAUCAUUGUCAUCGCCCAGUCCAACCCGGAAUGGUUUGUCGCAAAGCCCAUCGGCCGCCUGGGGGGCCCUGGCUUGAUCCCCGUGUCCUUCAUUGAGUUGCGCGAUAUGCAGAGCGGCCAGGCCGUCACGGAUCCGCUGGAGGCGGUGCGCCGUGCGGGCGUGCCCAAGGUCGAGGAGUGGAAAAAGAUGACCGCGGAGUACAAGAACAGCAGUAUCACCCUGGGUAAGAUUGAGCCUUCCGGCGGCGGCAUGGUGGCGGUCACUUCGGGCAUGGACCAGAUGUCCAUGGGAUCCCACCAGAGUGCGAGCCACAUGAGCCAGAAUGGCAACACCUAUGAAUACCACCAACGCAAUCCCAGCAAAGGCACGCUAGGCUCGCAAGGUCCCAUGGGCCACCCCCAAUCGCAAGGCUACCAAGCCCUCCUCGCGCCCGUCGCCGCCUCCAUUCCGCGCUACUGCUUCGACAACGACAAGUACUGGUACAUCAUCGAGGCGAAGAUGGAAGACGGCCGCUGCUGGGAACUGUCGCGCUACUACCACGACUUCUACGACUUCCAGAUCCGCCUCCUGACCCAGUUUGAGGACGAGGCUGGCAACCGGGGCCGCCCCCGCACUCUCCCCUUCAUGCCCGGCCCCGUCACCCACGUUACGGACGCGAUCUCCAACGGGCGCCGCCAGAACCUGGACGAGUACAUCAAGAAACUACUCUCCAUGCCCCCGCACAUCGCCCGCUGCCAGCUGGUCCGGCAACUGUUCGCGCCGCGCCAGGGCGACUUUGAAAUCGACCCGAACGCCUUUGGCGAGGAGGCGCGGUACUCCGACCAAUCGCGCCACUCCUCCUCCGGCAUCGACCCCUCGCACAGCGUGUCCCAGCAGUCCUCGCAGGUGCCCCUGAACGGGCCCGAUCGCGCGUCGCAGCAGCGCACCCAGGGCGCCCCGGCCCCGUCGCCUGCUAACGGCGGCCCGCCGCCCAUGAACCGCCAGCCCAGCUCCCUGACCCAGGUCUCCAGCGCGUCGAACUCGAGCGCGAUGAAGGUCAAGGUAUUUUUCCAGGACGACCUGAUUGCCAUCCGGAUUCCAGCGGGGGUCAGCUUGCAGCAUCUCAAGGACAAGUUGUGUGACCGACUGAAGAUUGAAGAGGAUAUCAUUGUGCAGUACCGCGAUGAGUCCUCGGGCACUUACGUCGACUUGCUGUCGGAUCAGGACCUGGAGAGUGCAAUGCAGCGCAACACGAAGCUGACGCUGUUUGUCAGCAUCGCAUAA